CAGUGACUAUAUCACAAGAAACAAGUUUCGUUGACAGCGCAACUCACAGUGUCAGCGCGAUUUCGUUUGUAUUUAAAAUAAUUCUAGAAAUGGAUAAGUUACUUUAUUGUGCUAAAAAAGUCUGCUAUUCGCAGCAACGUUUGCGUUUUAGAGUUCCUUAUGCUUUAAAGAAAUACAACUUCUGUUCGAAAGCACCAUCUGAUAUAAACAUGAUCCAGCCUUCGAGUGAUGGUGCCAAACCAGGCUUGAUUAAACCAACCUUAAUGAAAGAAAGCACCUUACAUGAAGGAAUAUGUUUGGAGAAAAUUAAACGACCUCCAAUAGUCAAACAGUCUGGUGAUGAUGAAUGUGAAGAUGACAAAUCAGAAGCACCAAGAUGUCUUGAACGUCAAGAACCUGGAAAAGUCAUCUGGGCAUUUAUACCGAGAGAAUGGUAUGAUAUGUUUGUUCCCAGAACAGGAGCAACUGGCUUUUUUACAUUUCUCUUUACCGUUGGCACCUAUUUGAUUAGUAAGGAAAUUAUGAUAUUCGAACACAAUUAUUAUAAUGGGUUAUCCAUGGCUGUCAUGUGGUACGCUGCCAUUAAAUAUGUGGGACCAGAUAUAAGUAAGGCCCUGGAUAAAGAAGUGGAUGCUUAUGAAGCCGAGUGGUUAAAAAAACAAACUGCUGAUAAAAAGGAGUUGGAAAGACUCAUUUUGGAAGAAAAGAUUUCCCAACAUGAAGUGGAUGGCCAAUUAAUAGUAAUCGAUGCUAAGAGAGAAAAUAUUUGCCUACAACUGGAAGAUGCUUUUAGAGAGAGGCAGAUGUUGGUGUAUAACACCACAAUCAGAAAGUUGGAUUAUCAAGUAGCAAUUGCCGAUGUGCAUAGAAAAAUUAAACAAAAAAAUAUUGUUGAAUGGGUUCACAAGGAAGUUUUAAAAAGUCUUUCGCCAGAACUCCAUAACAAAAUUGUAUGGAAAUGUCUGGAAGACUUGGUUAAAGAUGUGCAGCUGAAAACCAAGGAAGUCAUAUAGAUUAUCUUGGGAAAGCUUCCUUCAUACCUUGUAUACGUUCAAUGUAUUAUUUAAUAUAGGUUUCAUUCUUA